AUGUUGCAAUUGCUUGUUGAACAUAAAACGUGUCGGUCAUGCUACGCCAAUACAAACACACACAUAAAAGCAUCAAAAACAUGCACAAACUCAGAAGGCUCGUUUUAUGAACAGCAUUUCCCAAUAAUUUGGGUGCAAAGGCUUUUCUUCAUUUGUUUUGACGCCAAUUGUCCUGCCAUGUGCCUUCAAUAUUUAUUCAUGAGUUUGAGACUUGUUUUGAUCACAUGA